AUGAGCCGGGCCAGUGCUAAAGGAGGGGCCAAGCGCCGUAAGAACAAGCGGGGUGGUGGAGGCGGGGACCACAGCGCCAUAAGCAGUGGCAGGGACAGCCCAACUGCCAUGCUGGGCAGCUCGCAGGACACUGCCGUUGGAGUCCCGGGUGCCACAAUGGCGGCAGACCGACCCGUCCGCGUGAGCGAGCCUGUGGGCAGCGCCGCUUCCGGAGGCUACUCGGAGACUUCUUUUAACUUUGGGGACACUCGAAGAAGUCCACCCUCCGCCACUGUUGAUUACUGUGUUCUGUGCAGAACCGAGCGUAAAGAUUCUUCUUCUCUAGAGAGUGGGAUUAAGGUUGCGAGGAAGUUGGGCCUUUUCAUGGCUCCCAUGGGCAGCAGUGAGCCAUACCAGGCGCUGUGGGUGUGUCUGCACUGCCAGUGGACCUUAGAGAAGUUGGGGAUUUAUCGCGGCUCAGACCAGUCAUCACCGGGCCAUGACGACCCUGACCAAGGCCCUCGUAGUGAAUCCCCGGAAGGGGCAAGUGGCGGGAGGCUGCCCCAACCCUCAGAGACCCCACGUUGCGUUGAGGUCUGCAAGGAGCCCAGAGCGAUCUCCCCAGAGUUAGACCCCGAGUCGCAGCAGCUGCAGGACUACUGGGCAGAAGUGCGCUACCUUGUCCGCGGCAUAUACCGCCAGGCAGGGACCACGCUGGUGCCCGACAGAGAGUGGGUGAAGGAGCUCAUAGAUAGACUCUGUAAGUCAGACCCCUCCCAGCUAUACCAGCGGUUGGAUCAACAAGCACGAGAUUACCUGCUGGAGAUGAAGAUCGGCCUCCUGCGACGGCUGUCAACCUCAUCCGGAGUGCCAUCCUGCCUGCAGAAUCCUGUGCAAGCCUACCAUUUCAUCUCCCUGCUCCUCAAGGAGUAUGGCAACUUCUGCCAGGCGGCACGCACCAUCAGCACCUUCCUCACCACCCUAGAAAAUAAACACUUGACUGUGUUCCAGGUGACAUGGGAACUGCAUAAUAAACACCUGUUUGAAAAUCUGGUUUUUUCAGAGAUGCUUCUCCAGAGCAACUUGCCAGCACUGGUGUUGCAAAUCAGGCUGGGAACUACAUUGCAAGACACCUGCAGCAGGGACUUAUACAGCGCCUUGCUGCAACAGUACCAGCACUUCGAGGAGGAGAUGCAGAGUGUUGCCAAGGAGUGGUUGCAGUGCCAGAAGCGGGUCACUGUCUACAUCAAGGAGAAGGUGAGAAUGAAAGCCAAGCUAGCAAAAGAGUUAAAGCAUUUGCAACAAAGGCAAUUCCAUGAAGAGCAGUUAACCGCUAGGAGAGUGGGCACUGGUGAGAACUUGACCAGUGCCAUGAGGCAUGUGCUGUCAUCACCUGAUCGCCGCUCACACAUCCUUAUUGGUAGCAUCGUGGACCCUGCCACUCCCAGCAACACCCACGUCUGCCAGCUGCCACACCAAAUGGGUUCAUCUGCUCCUGACCGUCUCUCUGAGAGUCACCUGCCCAGCAUGUCAUUAGGAAGCUUGGGGUCAGGUUCUAGCUCUCCCAUUCCAAUCCAGCAGCAGCCCAGACUCACCCACACAGACAAUGUAUCUACACCAACUACUUGCAGUGAUGAUGAUGUGGCUUCAUUGUCAGCUAAACUUGCUGAAAUGUAUCCAUCGGAUGACAACAAUACCGAGGUAGUGAAGAAGAGGUCUGAUGCCCGGGGGGAGCCUGCCGGCUUCUUCAUCAGCAGUUCGAUCCUGGCUAUGCCAUCCUGUUACAGCCCCCACUACAAAGGGCAGGGUAGCAAGAGAGGUGGCUAUAACCCAAGGCAGAAAGGCAGGGAAAAGAGUGCAAACAAAGACAGUUGCUCUGAGCACAGCUCCAACACCAGCACCAGCAGCUGCGUCUGCACUUGCACCUAUGCUGGCCAGAAGGAAGGCAAGUUUUGUGACUACUGCUGUGAAUUCUUCAGGCGCAACUGGCCUUCAGCUGCACAAAGAGGUAGAAAUUAUGAAGGCAUGAGGGAAAAGCUUCGUUUCCGGCUGGCAAAGAGAAAAGAAGAGCAAUCGAAGAAAACAGAUCAGCUCUCUGAACAGGAGAGUGCGGCGGAUCAUCGCACAGUGGAGGACUUGCUGCAGUUCAUAGACAGUUCAGAUACCAAGCCUGUGAGCACCACACGGGCAGCCAAGAGGGCAAGACAUAAACAAAAGAAGCUGGAGGAGAAAGCUUGCCUUGAAGCAGAGGCCAAGGCCCGGGAACAAGAGCACCUCCAAGAGGAGCAGAGGCAACAGGAGCAGAAACAACAGGAGGAAAUGAAGGAGCAGCUUCAGAAACCCCAAGCUGUGAAAAAGAAGGAGAAACUAAGAAAAGACUUUCCCAAGUUGGACAGUGGUUCCCUAGAGCAAACUGAAGAACCAAAAACCUCUUCUCACUCACCUUCCAGACACGCAGUCCACACAGGGUCAGGGGCUCAUGGGGAUUCCAAGUUUGUCCUGACGAAGGAGGUCAGUGGGAAGCAGCAGGAGCCCUUCUCUUUUCUCCUAGACACAAAGCAUCACCACAAGGAGGGGACUGGAAAACAAAAGCCAAAACAGGCAUGGAAGGCCAGCAGCGAGCCAAGGAGGGGGCCUGCAGAGUUCUCCGGAGCCUCAGAGAUCCAGCCCAGAUCCCAGACCCAGAGUGAGCCAAAGGCUAAAGAGCUUGAUCUCACUUCGAUGUCAGAGCAGCAGAGAAAGGAGAGAAAAAUCAACAGAAACAGUAACAAGAAACAGCUGGAACAGGUCAAAGCAGGGAAGGCAAGCUCAGGCCCCCCUGAGCCCUCCUGCCGUAGUAAGCAGGUGUGCCACAGCAAGCAGGUGUUGGCAGACACCCCUCAGCCCAAGGGCAAGAGCAAGAAAAACAGGAAGAAGAAGGGAGACGGAGAAGGAGAUGACACCUUGUUCGAAGAUGUCUUUAUGCCUAAAGACAUUGACCUAGAAAAUGUGGAGAUGGAUGAGACAGAGAGGGAAGUGGAGUAUUUCAAAAGAUUCUGCUUGGAUUCCACCAGACAGACCCGACAAAGACUGUCCAUAGACUGGUCCAAUUUUAGCUUGAAAAAACCACCUUUUCUGCCCCCCGAAUGA